UCACAAGCAUAAGGCUAAUGAAUCAAAAAACAGAAGUGAAGGCAGCCUUGAAUAAAAAUCAAAGCAUCAGUGGGAGAGUAGAAGUAAAGUAUGAUGAUGAAUGGGGUACAGUAUGUGAUGAUCAGUUCGAUGAAAGCGAUGCCCAGGUUCUUUGUAACAUGCUAGGAAUUCCAUUCGGCAAGGUUUAUACAAAUGCCCACGAAGCACCCGGCUAUGUACACGAACCAGGUACAGGAAACAUAUUGAUAGAUGAUCUCAGCUGUCUCGGUAUAGAAAAAGAUAUCUCGGAAUGCAGAUCAAGAGAAUGGGGAACACAUAAUUGCGAACAUAAGGAAGACAUCGCUAUAACAUGCUAUUACAAGACAAUAGACCCAUGCAAUGCAGCAGAAGCUGCACGCUUACCUAAUUUGGAAAUGCGAUAUGUAAAUAUUAACACACAACAUCUACCAAAGUCUAUCAACGACUCGAAACUACCGUUUCGUUGGUAUAACGUCGGUAACAACACCAUGCCAGUUAAAGCGCCACCGAAAAACAGAUGUGGAACUCACCUGCCAAUAUUCAGUUCAUUUACAACAGAGAGACUCGGUGCUAAUAAAAGUGCAGAAAUCAAGGCAACUCAAGUAGGAGACAACCAUGAAACGUAUGAUAUAGAGAUGAAGAACUGCAAUGAUGAAUUCUAUGUUUACAAAUUGAAGCCAACGAGUAACGAAGAAAGUGGAUACUGCUUUGGAAUCGGAUCAGAAGAACCUGCCCCGACGUUCGUACCUGACAGUCUAUCGACAACACCAGUCACGAACGAAAAAGGUGUUACCUUCAUGUGCAAGUUUAAUCCAUCAACAAAAGAAGAUUUUUAUUAUCAAGUCAAGUGGCGCAUAGAGGGUAGUUCUCAAAUAACACUGACAAAACAGUUUUUCAAAAACUCCAGUCUUGAUGGAUUGAGACUAACAGAAAGCGACUUUGAGGAUAAUGAUAUCGGUUUAGGCGUUAAUAUAUCAUGUGCCUUGAGGGCUUUCAGGACACCUGAUGGGCUACCAGGGACAUUAUCAACUUAUUCAAAACCUUUAUUCUUCGGCAUUGAAGUUCUCACGCCAUAUAUAAGCUUGAGAAAAGGCGAAACAAAGUCAGUAGAGCUACUGAAUUCAAUACCAAUCAUUUGUUAUACAGAGGAUAAAGUAUUCAACCAGUUUAUCCAGAGUAGCUGCAAUGUUCGACUACAGUAUUUUUCUCCGCAAUAUGGAACUUGCUCAAGUAUGCCAUCAUUCCAAGACGGAUGCGAUUCGUUUCUUACAAACCGUGAAGUAGGUCAAAUUUCUCGGGUGAACAUUAGUGUGGCUGAAACAGGACAAUAUGGAGUAGCUGGACACUUCAAAAUUUACUUGUCAGUACCAGCAGUUGAUUUGGGAUAUCUGAAGCUGUGGAGGAAAGCUUACAAACUAUCUGUGAUAAGUGUUGAUGUCUUACCUGAGACACAUACAGAAUGGCGCGGCUCUAUCUGCACUGCAAGAAAUGAUCCCCAUAUGUAUACUUUUGACCAAAGAACGUAUGAACACCAGAAAACGGUGGUGAAUAUAUUAUGUACAGACAUAAAUUUUACACUAAUGUUGAGAUACAACACAAAGUUGCUCCGUGUACUAAUGAAAAUGAUAAAGCCAAAUGUAACUGUGGUUUAGCUGUCAGAGCAGGAAGAGAUGUAUACGUCAUAAACGUUUGUGAUAACCUCCUUGACAUUGGACACAAGCAUUGCGGAUACGAGGCUUUAACAGUGAAAAAAGAUAAUGACUUUACCUAUACUAUCUAUCUUCCAUUUGGAACAGCUGUAAGGGCUAGAAUAGAUAACCAGCCAUAUAUGGGACCAGAAGGUGGGAAGGUUUUGGAUAUCAGCAUCCUACCAUCUGUGCAUGACAAAGGCGGUAACAGUACAGGCUUAUGUGG